AUGGACCCAUACGACAGCGACUCCUCCCUCGAAGACGAGGACUUCACUGAGACAGCAACACUCCUGGGUUACCCCUCAGAAGAAAUCAUAGACGACACAAUCAGUCAUCUCGGUGGCUGGCCUUCAUGGCCCGACGACGCUACCCCGCCUCCGGGCGAAUUCGCCAACUGCAAAGUCUGCAAUCGCCCGAUGGCGCUGCUUCUCGAAUUGCACGGCGAUCUUCCCGAUGACUUCCCCACGGACGAGCGACGACUGUACAUAUUCGGUUGCUCGAGGAAGGCAUGUGUCCGCAAACCGGGCAGUGUUAGGGCUCUACGCGCGACGAAGAAGGUGAAGCUUGAGGAGCAGGCUGAGGAAGAAAACAAGGAUGCGGAAACCGACGAAAGGAAGGCAGAUGAGGCGCAGGAAUCCACCCCGGCUCCUCCCAAGCAAGAUCUGGGCGCCAGUCUGUUUGGAGCCGGCGCUCUCACCGGCAACAUUUCCGCGAAUGCCAACCCAUUCUCAUCGCAGGCCGGCGACAACACCAAUAACGACGCCAACCCCUUCGCAACACCCGCCCCUAGCACCGCACCACCUAAGCCUUCAUCCGCCAACAACCUCUCUGAAACCUUCGCCGACAAAGUCCGCAUCUCGAACCCCAACCAACUCCCUUCCAAACCACCAUCGAACUUCAAGCCUAUCACACCUCCCGAGGAAUCCGGCCCGCUCAACCCCUGGCCCGACCAAUCCGCCUUCCCCCCACCAUACCCGAACUACUACCUCGACGCCGACUACGAAACCCUCGACCGCACCCCGCCCACAAUCCCCGAAAACGUCACCAUCGACAACACCGAAGACCCCGCUUCUGCCGGCGGCAAAGAUGCCGAACUGAAAGAUACGUUCGAAUCCGAGCUCGACAAGGCCUUCCUGCGCUUCUCUACCCGUCUCGCGCAUAACCCGGAGCAAGUCCUGCGGUAUGAAUUCCGGGGCGAGCCGUUGCUCUACUCGUACGUCGACGAGGUUGGGAAACGUCUUCACCACUCGCACCACAGCCAGCAGGGACAUGUAGCAACCGCUGGUGGUGCUGGUGCUAGCAGCAAGAUCCCCCGCUGCGAGUACUGCGGUAGCGAGCGGGUGUUCGAGCUGCAACUUGUGCCUCAUACGAUCUCUGUUUUGGAAGAUGGGAGGGAGAAGUUGGGGCUUGAUGCUAAGGAGGAUGCGGGGAUGGAAUGGGGGACUAUUAUCCUGGGUGUUUGCGGAAAGGAUUGUGGGCCGAAGGAGGUUGGUGUCACGGGUUGGAGAGAGGAGUGGGCUGGGGUACAGUGGGAGGAGUUGAUGAAGUGA